CCCCGCGCGUCACGUGGGCGCCGCUCCCACGGCGGCGGCGCGUCGUGGCGGCGGCGGCGCGGGCGGCCACGUUGACAGGGCGGGAGCGGCGGCGGGGCGAGCGGCGGGCCGAGGCGGCGGCGGCGGCACCACCCUCUGUAUCGCGGAAGCCGGGCGGGGGGUGCGCGCGUCCGUCUUUCUGUCCGUCUGUUGCGUGCGGGAGAGCAAGGGGGGACGCGACGCGGGGCAACAUGUCUUCGCCUCCCAAAGAGAAAGCAGAGACGCGCGCUGGACACCCGCCUGCCGUGAAAGCUGGCGGGAUGCGGAUUGUGCAGAAACACCCACACAAUUCUGAUGCCAAAGAAGAAAAAGAUAAGGAUGAUCAAGACUGGGAAACCAGCAGCCCACCUAAACCAACUGUGUUCAUCUCUGGUGUCAUUGCAAGGGGUGAUAAGGACUUCCCUCCAGCUGCAGCUCAGGUGGCUCAUCAGAAACCACAUCCUUCUGUGGAAAAGCUCCCUCAUCCACAACAUGUCAACCAGCACAUCCACCAACCUCGCAAGUGAGCUCUCUGUCAAAAUCUCAGCCAGAAUGCCAUCAAUUAAUACAUUUUCAGGGGAGGAAGAAAACACUUUAGGAUUCACACUACCAAAUCAGUAAAAUUGGCCUCUAAAAUAAUGUGUUGUUUCUUUUACUUUAAUUCUCAAGGGUUAAUAAGAAUGGAGACAUUGUUCAGUUGUUAUCCCAGGUGGAAAAUUUCCCCCUUCUCUAUUAUGUAUUUGCUGAUCAGGGGUGUUAUUCAGUUUCUCCAAUUUACCUUUUUUAUAAGACUCUUUCAUUGCAAAGGCAAAAAUUCAAAAUGAAUGAUAUGGUUAAUGAUUUUAAAACUUUUACUUUUCGCUCUGGCAUCGCAUAGCACAUAGUUAAUGUAGUCCUUUAUGCUGAACCAGUAAGGAAGGAUAACCCAUUGGUACUGGUACUUUUGCUAUCUGGAGAGAGCUUGUUGUGUAUGUUUCAUGCAGAAAUUGGUGGUUGCCUUGAUUUCAUAGACCCGUUGUGGUUUUUAGUAUCCUAAGACAUAGUACCUCAGCGGCAGUUCCAUCUGAUUUCGGCUAGUGAUAUCAUAAAAGGGUCCAAAUAUAUUCUCAAGUGGGCACAAAUCCAGCUGAAUCUUCCUUACAUUCCAUUGCGCUCACCCAGUCUUGUUGAAGUUCUUCUGUGCAGGCUUUGCACAUUUUGAGCUCUGUGGGUAUGAACAGGGGUAAGAAAUCAGAGUUUCAGAAACAUUGCUGCUGUAUGUAACCCAUUUGCAAUCUCAUUUGUCUCACUGGGGGCUGUGUUUUUAUGAGGUGAUCAUUUCUCAAUUGCAAUAGAAAGCUGAAGGAUUUCAGGACCUUCCAGAAUUGAACUUAAAAAUAAAUUGGAGAGAAACCUGUUUGGUUGUUUUUUUUAACUUGCAGUUUGUUGGAAAAUAAAAGAUAACACUAGUAAAUGUGUUUGACUUUAUGACCCAACCUCUGUUGUGCACCAUAUGUUUUUCCUAGUCUUUUUAUUGUGAAUAAGGAAGAUAAUGAUAGAAGUGAAAUAAAAAAGUUACCUUACAAACAGAGCAAUCUGAUUAGGUUUCACCAUGUAAUUAAAUCUUUUUGAUUGCACUGUUCAAAAUCACUUAGCUCUAUCAUCUUCCUUCCACAACUCAUCUCUAUAAAACCCGUGAAAAUAAUUUUUUAAACAUUCAACCUACAUUUAUAAAGUGUACUUCAGUUUUUAACUGAAUAACAAUACACUACAGGCUUUUAUACCCUUUAGGUUUAUAGAACUUUUAACAACCUCAAAAAAGGUGGGUACUUGAGCUAGUGCUGCAGUCAGUCAUCUGGCAAAUUAGUGGAAGUCUGGGGUCACUUGAGACUUUUCUAGCUCAUUUAUGUUUAAAAUCAAAUUGUAUGGAAGAAUAGUGAGAAGAGUUUUAAAAGUAUGAAUUUUUAAAACAUCUGCAGAUUAAUUUUCCCAUGAGUAGCUGAUUAAGAAAAAAAUAAAUUAAUAUGAAAUAUGACCCAUUUCAUAAGGGGAGUAACUGACUUCCUGUGGGUGCGAUGAACAUGGCCUGUCCAUCUCUUAGUAGGCUUGAGAUGGAAAGGAUGCUUGGCAAAGGAGGGAAUUUCACCUCAUGUGCAUACAUGUAUGUAUUCUGCACCCAAGGAAGGCUGUACAAUCUUUACAUGCAGUCCUUAUUUUCAAUUUAAUUAGAUAGCUGUACUUGCCUUAAGGAAUGAACAUUGUUUAUUACUAUUAUUGUAUAUGAGAGUAUGCAUAAUUUGUAAAAUAUGCUUUUUGUUUCUGAUGGCAGUUCUUCUGAGGCCUUGUUGGUGGCCACUCAUGAGUAUACAAGCGAUUCAUACAUGAGUAACUUAUGAAUAAGGAUAGAAGUGUUGAACGCCGUGGAAUAUUUACAUGAGCUAAUUUGCUGGCAGGAGUGUUUGCAGAUUCAGGACAGCAAACAGUGAUAUCUCAUUAAUAGGACAGACAACAGUUGUCAGUCUGCUGGGCCAGUGCAACAGCAAAUCAUCACAGUCACCUGAUACAGUGUAGCUGCUGCCUGGCGGUGAGCUGGUUGGAUUCAGCUGUCCUAGUGCUGUAUCUGCAUCUGACGUGGUGUGCAGACUGUAGCCAGUGAGGAUAUAGCCAAAGAAGUCUGUAGAGCAUAGGUAUGACUUAUUUGACCAAAUGGAAGUGUCUCCUCUAAGAAGAGCUCAAUCCCUCUCAACUCCCAUAGUGGAAGACAAGACACAUACCUCAGUGUAGAUGCACAGAACUAGAUGGGCUGGAGACCUCUCAUCUGUAUCUAGCAGUAGUGGGUACAAAUGUACCUUCCAAAAGCAACACCACAUUUCAAUUCUAAUAUUAAAAGUUAGGAACAUGGAGGCUUCGAGUGUUAAUUCUACAUAUACAGUAUAUAUAUAGACAAUAUCUGAAUUUUGUCUUUGAUUACUUAGAUGGAUAUGUUUUUACAGUGGAAUAUGACUCUCAAGAUAGUUUUAGUGGCUUUUAGAGUGCAGGAAUUCCUAUAAGGUUAGAAAAUGUCUCUGUAUGAAAGUAUACUAUAUAUUGUUGGAAGGUAGCCAUGUUUAUGCAUAGGUGUCCUUACCAAAGCAUUAGCUUCUCUGAAAUAAAGAAUUGUAACUGGUGACCGGGAUUGUCUACUGAUGAUUAUUGAUACAUUUUUAAUAAAUAAAUAUGUUACAAUAACAUACAAGCAUAGCAGAUGUUCAGAGGUUACCAUGAAAUGAUUGUUUUUGAAAUUUUCUGGAAUUGUCAAUGUGGCAAUAAUGAAACAAUAAAACAUUGCUCUGAGGUUGUA